GUAUGCUUUUGCCACAGAUAUCAGAACGUUUGUUGCGAAGGACAAUUCUACCAGGGCAGCGCGUGAAGGAAAGGAAGUUCUGGAAAACGUGAAAUGUCAUAACCAUCCCCUCGAAGCAUUCUUCUAAGAACAUACUGAACCAUGCAGAGAGGCCAGCGGGUGGCUGUGAGAGGCAGGGGAAAAAAGGAGCAAAUGAUACCAAGACAAGCUCAUAACAGAGAUCUAAUCGCCAGAGGUGUACGGAUGAAAACACAGUGAGAUGAGUCAGAAAACGGUUAAGGAGGGCCCCAGACUCUCCAAGAACCAGAAGUUUUCGGAGCACUUCAGCAUACAUUGCUGCCCGCCAUUCACCUUCCUCAACUCCAAACGGGAGAUCGUGGAUCGGAAGUACAGCAUCUGUAAAAGUGGCUGCUUCUACCAGAAGAAAGAAGAGGACUGGAUCUGCUGUGCCUGCCAGAAGACCAGCACCAGCCGCCGGGCAACGUCCCCUCAGAGGCCCAAGCAACAGCCAGCGGCACCCCCCGCGGUGGUCAGAGCACCGGCCAAGCCACGGUCCCCUCCGAGGUCCGAGCGUCAACCGCGCCCCCGCCCAGAGGUCCGACCACCACCAGCCAAGCAGCGCCCCCCUCAGAAGUCCAAGCAGCCGCCGCGCAGCAGCCCCCACAGAGGGCCGGGCACCAGCCGUGGGGGGUCCCCCAUCAAAGCUUCUAGGUUCUGGUAACACCAUCUCUUCCCUUUUGUUGCCCCAGCCCUAAGGUUAGUAGCUGCGUCCUGUGUUUACUAACGUCUGGGUUACCUCAAUGGCCCUCUGUUGGCCUUACCCAACCCCUGUCAAUUCCCUGCAUUAAAUCCCCAUGGUUGAAA